AUGCAUCGCUAUUCCUUCCCACAUACUCCGGUCGCUCACCCCGAGGCGAUCAUUAGUGCUGGCAAGUACCGAUUCAGUGUUUUGUCUGACGGUAUGCUUCGUUAUGAAUGGGCUGAAGACAACCAAUUCGAGGAUCGCGCCUCGGUUCUUGCUAUUAACCGCCAGCUACCUGUACCCGAAUUUCGGGUCAAAGAAAACCAACACAAUCUUCAGAUUAUAACUUCUCGAUUUCACCUAACCUACGACAAACAAGAAUUCUCCCCCAAUGGCCUUAGUGCUGUCGUCAAAGGAAACUAUGGACCCCAUGGCAGCGUCUGGCGCUAUGGCACCCAAGCUUCAAAUCUCGGCGGUACGACCCGUACUCUGGACGAGGCCGAUGGCCGGGUGGUCCUAGAUCAAGGUGUAAUUUCUAGACAUGGAUAUGCCACCUUGGAUGAUUCAAAGUCAAUGCUCUUUGAUGAUCGACAGUGGGUGACUACAAGAUUACCUGGAAAACGGGUGGACGGCUAUCUUUUCGCGUACGGUCACGACUAUCAACAAGCCAUCCAGGCCUUCUAUCUUCUAUCAGGGCCCCAACCGCUCCUUCCACGAUGGGCCCUAGGGAACUGGUGGAGUCGCUACUAUCCUUAUACUGCGGAUGAAUAUCUAUCACUGAUGAAUCGAUUCCGCGAAAGUGAGAUUCCACUCUCAGUAGCCGUGUUGGAUAUGGAUUGGCAUAUUGUGCAGGACGAGUGUGUGAAGAAAGCGGGAGUGACAGGAUGGACCGGCUACACCUGGAAUAGAGAGCUCUUUCCCAAUCCCAAAGCUUUCCUUGCAGAACUCCAUGAUCGGGGCCUACAUGUUUCUCUGAAUGAUCAUCCCGCGGACGGUGUGCAGAGCUAUGAAGAUCCCUAUGAGGAGAUGGCCAUUGCUCUUGACCAUGAUGUGUCCAUGGGUGACCCUAUCUCUUUCGACAUCACAAACCAAACAUUUCUGGAUGCUUUCUUUGAUGUACUCCACCGGCGAUUUGAGAGGGAAGGGUUGGAUUUAUGGUGGGUGGAUUGGCAGCAAGGGACACAUUCCCGUAUCCCUGGCAUCGAUCCACUUUGGGUGCUCAAUCAUUUCCACUUCCUGGAUAGCACUCUUGACAACAAAAGACCUUUAACCUUUUCACGAUAUGCGGGCCCAGGCAGUCACCGGUACCCUAUUGGGUUCUCUGGUGAUACCGUGGUAUCAUGGGACUCUCUCCACUUCCAGCCAGAGUUCACAGCAACGGCGUCAAACAUUGGGUUCGGCUGGUGGAGCCAUGAUAUUGGUGGCCAUUUCCACGGUGAAAAGAACGAUGAAAUGCUCAUUCGAUGGGUGCAAUACGGCGUAUUCUCCCCGAUCCUGCGACUCCACUCGUCAAACAAUAUCUUCAGCAUCAAGGAACCCUGGAAUCUUGACCCUCAAUACGGGCAGAUCAUGACAGAAUAUCUGCAGCUCCGCCAUAGACUGCUUCCAUAUCUUUACACAAUGAAUGUACGCGCUGCUGUGCAGGGGUUGCCUCUUGUGCAGCCCAUGUAUUGGGGUUACCCGGAAAGCGAGGAGGCAUAUAACGUACCAAACCAGUAUAUCUUUGGCACAGAUCUCAUUGUGGUACCAAUCACCUCUCCUCAAGAUCCUAGUACUCGAAGAUCUCAGGUCCUCGCUUGGCUUCCCCCUGGCAGACAUGUGGAUAUCUUCACAGGCAUGGUUUACGAUGGAGACCGUCGCAUUUGGCUGCAUCGACGCCUGAAAGACUACCCAGCGUUCGCUCGCGAAGGAGCGAUCAUUCCGCUUGACAUGGCAUCAACUCUCACAAAUGGUUGCGCAGAUUCUCCCACGAUCGAACUCCUGGUUGUUGUCGGGGCAGACGGUGCCUUCGAACUUGUGGAAGAUGAUGGAAAGGGACAAUACACGGAUCAGAUCGAUUUUCGUCGAACGCACAUCUCCUUCAAUCAACAAGCCGGUGAAUUGUACAUUGGGCCCACAACUGGUGGAAACCUUCAACGAGUCCACCAGUGGAGCGUUCGCUUCCUCGGAUACACAUCAUCGGAAAUGACGCAAGUUUGUGUCGGGGAGGAAAUACACAUAGUCAAGGGCCAAUAUCUGAACAAUGGCCUUCUUCUGGACUUGGGAUCUCACCCCGAAAGUGCGCACAUCGUGGUCAAGUUGGAAAGUCAACCUGCUUUGAAGAUGAACCGGCCUGGGCCUCAAAUUAUCGAAUUCUUGCGUGGUGCUCAGAUCAAGAUGGACCUGAAGGAUGACAUUCGGAAGAUUGUGGACAGCUCGAGGUCUGUAUUGUUGCAGAUUGGAGAGCUCCAUGCUCUUGGCCUGGACAGCGUGCUGUUGAACCCAAUUCUUGAGUACCUCCUAGCUGACUCGCGGCUUAUCCUGACCAAAGGCAAUGGAGAGACAGGGAGCUUGUAG